AUGGCAUUGCAUUCACAGAUUUGGCCUCUAGGAUUUGGCUCCAGUUGUGAAGGGUUUCCAUCUCUGCACCAGGCCUUCUCCUCCUCCUCCGCCGCCGCCGCCAAGGAAGGCCUGCUUGAUCUCCAGGAGGUCAAGACGGUUCUCAGCGAAGUCAAGACCGACGACGUCAAGGUCAUACCGACGAACAAGCACUGCAAGUGGGCCGAUUUCAUGGUCCUCGCCAUCGGAAGGUCCACCUGGCACGUCAAGAACAUCGCCCAAGCCCUAAUUUACAAGGCAGGGAAAGUGAUAGUUCAUGCUCUUGAUGAGAAUGCUAAAGCUUACUACAAUCUGGAGACUCUUUAG